GGGGCCAAUAUCUAGGCUAAAGUCUUUUUUAACUUACAGGAUGAGAGAGUUCAGUAGUCUGAGAAUCAUCAACGGGCAGAAAAUCGUUAAAUGCCUGGGCUACUUUUGGGCAUUCAAAAAACCUCUUCUCCCCGCGGUGCUCCACGCGCAGACGGGCCGGGAACAGGAGGGAAAACCUGACUUGCUUCUCGUAGAGGCAGCGUUUCACACUGGCAAAGGAUGCUCUCUUCUUAGCGAUGUUGGUGGUCAUGUCGGGGAAAAAAGUAAACAUUCUGUCCAUGGUAUUUGAGCUGCUCUCUCGUCUCAGAACAUGCUCCUUAUCACUGAAGUAGUGGAAUCGGACAAUGAAUACUCUCGGUCUGGCCCCCCUGCCCUCCUCCGCCGAGCGCGCUGGGCCGAUGCGGUGAGCUCUAUCCAGAAUCGGUGGGGAAGAAAAGAAGCUUGUGCCGAGGACCUCGUGAGAAAGGUAGCCAUGAACUUCACUGGGUCUGCUCCCUCUGUCUUCUCAAUUAUAGAUUAUUGCGACGCGACCGUGAUUCCAAAUCUUCGGUCUUAGCCAUCUGCUGUGUAUUUUCAGACUGCAAACGAGUACAUGUCUCCUCGAGGGCAGUGAUCCGGUCGCUGUGGUCAGACAGGGCUGUCUCCAUGGCGGUUAUCUUCAGGUUGAGCGAGUCGGUGGUCGACUUGACGGCAUCUAAGGCAGCGGAAAUGGGCCUCAAGGCUUCACCCACUACCAUUUUCAUGGUUGUAGUAUGGGUUGUUGUGAGGUCGGAUAGCAGCACAGCGCGGAGCUUGUCGAGGUCCGGCAGGAGCAACCUGGUCUCAAAGGAAUCCGUGAAAUGACUACGGACGAAUAACUCGAAAUCCGUGGACACAUCACGGAAACACGCCGAUUUCCGUGAUGUGGCCACCGACUUCGCUCCAAUGCAAGUUAAUGACACUGAUGUUCCGUGGCUCACACACGGAUCCCCGUUUCAACGAGCGAGUCGACCACGGGGGCUUAACUCAAAACCUGUGGUGGUCUCACUGAAACACUUAAUUUGUCCUUGAUGUGUCCACGGAAGUCGCUCCAAUGCAAGUAAAUGACACUGAUAUUCCGUGGCACACACACAGAUUCCCGUUUAAAUCUGUGUGUGUGCCACAGUUGACCACAGCGGGGGCUUAACUCAAAAUCCGUGGUGGUCUGACGGAAUCACUUCAAUUGUCUGUGAUGUGGCCAUGGAAUUUGUUCCAAUGCAAGUAAAUGACACUGUUAUUCCGUGGCUCAAACACGGAUAUCGGCGAGUUUCCGUGAUGUGGCCACGGAUUUCGAGUUAAGCGUCCGUAGUCAUUUCACGGAUUCCUGUGAGACCAUGUUGGGCAGGAGGGUAUCGUCUCCGCCAUGACAGUGCGACAAUGUGGCUGCCUCUUUCUCCGGCGAAUUCUGCCCUUUCCCUUUCUGCCUGCUGCGGCCAAUCAACGGCAAACAGUCCAUGGUCGCAAUAACCAAGCAAAAAAAAAAGUCAAGUAGUGUGUGGUGCUGAUAUAUGUCAAAUAAUAGUGAACGCUUGGGAGCCCCCGCGCUGCACGUCCUUCUCCUUCACAUGCUUACCCGGAAGUCGUAUGUUUCUUUCCUUAAGAUAAAACACAAUCGUAAAAAAAACUGGAAACAAACCUUAAUGAGAUUUUCCCCUGAAUCUCUCCCCUUUGCCAGUCCAGGAGUAAAAAGACAGUUCAAAGAAAGUCAAAUCUUUUAAUAUUCUUUUCUGGAUUGUUGCAACGCAGUUCAUUUGACCCAACCUGACCCAACUAAUAACUCAUCAGCAGGGUAGAACUUAGGCCCCGUUGACACGAGGACGCUUGCGGGUAAAAACGACAAAAUAUUUUAUCGGAAGUGCCUUUCCUUCAGACGGUGACAGCGUUUUUGGGGCUUAAAAACGCAAAAAUCUGAAACCACCCUCCAGAGUGGAAAACUUGAAUACGCUCCGCCGUAGUGUUUCCGUCUACACUGCCAAGACGCAAAACUCUGCUCAGAUCUGCUCAGGUCCCGUACGCGUUUACGUCACAUGCAUGCGCCAGUACAGGGAAAGAAACAAACAUGACAUGCCUGACAUCUGUCCCGGACCGUCAAGUCGUUAACUGCCAGGAAGGUCAGGCCCAGCCCCCUGGACCUCAAAGCACAGAGGCUCCUGGGUCUCCUGAGGAGGACUCCGGCUCAGAGUGUCCAGGAUGCCAGGCCAUGGGUGCCCUGGUGCUUCCCUGUGGGCACAGGCUCUGCACAGCUUGCGUCCAACUCAGCAGCGGGGGCCGGGGGGAGAUGGGCCCCGGCUGCUGCACCGUUUGCUACGGGACCCAGCUGAUGGACUCGGUUCUCCACACCCUGCUGGAGGUCCUGUUCCAGGGCCAGUCCAGGAGGCCCCCGGAGGGAGGAGGAGAUGGGAAGAAGGCCGCUGUGGAAGCAGGGGACUCGGGUAGGGCCGGUGUGGAGGAACUCUGCUCACGGCACGGCCAGCUUUGCACCAUGUUCUGCUUGGAGGAAGAGGAGCCACUCUGUGAGGAGUGUGUUGAGGAGGAACACGACCAUCAUCACUGCUGCUCCUUACAGGAGGCCGUCAGGGCUUGCAAGAGCGAGUUGCAAUCUUCUCUUCAAUCCCUAAGAGGGCAGCGGGAGACUCUGAAGUCCAUUAGGGAUUCCUGUCAGGACACUGCUAAUUAUGUCAAGAACCAGUUAGUGCGCACGUCACAAGUGCUGCGGGAGGAGUUUGAGAAGAUGCACCAGUUCUUGCGGGACAGAGAGGCAGCUGCCAUGACAUCCCUGAGAAGGGAAGAGGAGGAGAAGAGUCUGCGGAUUGCUGAGAAGAUGGAGAAACUUACAGACGGCAUCGACGAACUGAAAGACGCAAUGCAACAGACGGAGGAGGCCAUGGUGUUGGAAAACCAUGUCUUCCUGAAGAACUACAAGAGGGCUUCUGAAAGGGCUGGGUACAGAAUAGCUGAGCCAGAAGAGGAGUUAGGAUCGCUGCUGGAUGUGGCCAACCACCAGGGUUGUCUUCACUUCCAUGUCUGGGAAAAGAUGCUGGACACCUUUGAAUAUGUCCCAGUGACUCUGGACCCCAACACAGCCUCUGCCUGGCUGAGCAUUUCCCCAGACCUGGCCAGCGUGUGUGCUUGCGAGGAGACUCACACGCUUCCAGUUCCGGCCAACCGGGAGAGAUUCGUGGGGCCGAGGGCCGUCCUGGGCUCCGAGGCCUUUGAGGCCGGGAGACACAGCUGGGAGGUUGAGGUGGGCGACAACACCUGCUGGUCCCUGGGAGUAGCCAGAGAGAACAUCAGCCGCAGGAAGGACUCCUGGCCAGGAGGAUUGGAGCCAGGUGGGGAGGACAGUGUGGCUGGCCUCGGCGUCAGUGAACGCUGGGUGCUUUCCCUCUCCGAUGGCCAUUAUCGUGCCGUUCCCAGCCAUGGUGGCGGACCGAUCGGGCUGAGACGGAGGCCCCGUCGAGUCACGGUUCAGCUGGACUGGGAGAGGGGUUGCCUGACGCUGUCGGAUGCAGCGGACAACAGCCUGAUUCACCGCUUCAAGCAGCAGUGGAGCGGCCCGCUACGGCCCUACCUCUCCACCACGUGUGCCAAACAUCCGCUGCGUAUCAAUGCCAGGAAGGUGACAGUGAUCGCAGACUAGGACGUCCUGUUCAGAAGGCUGUCGUUGAUGUCCAGAGUACACUGGGUAAACACACCAACAGGGUUUCUCUUCAGGAAUUAACCAUUCAAGUGUUCCUCAGAGGCUUUGUCUCUUGACGGUCAACAAAUAUGGUUAUGAAAGUGUGAAUACCACAAUAUAAAUCCCAUUUAGUGGUUAAGGUUAUUUGGAUUGAAUAAAAGUAUGUACAUAGGCCGGUAUUUUAGAAAGGUACACAUUUAAAUAUGAACCCAAUAGGUAGUUAGCUUUAAAAAACGAUAUAUACGGUUGUUUCACACUUACAGACUUUUAACCUUGUGUCUGUGUAGAUUAAGAUAAGAAUUUUAUUUCAUCCCAUGCAUGAACAUUCACUUGUUACAGCAGCCCAUGGAAUAUAGAAAGUAUUGCUGUAUAGAAAUACAGCAAUACAUGCAUAUAUACAUCAAAUAAAAUAAAAAUCACCCAAUGAUUACAAUGUCAUGCCAAAAGGGCAUAAAUGUACACCCCUGGGUUUUUCAAGAUAAAUUAGGCUAAGAGGUCCUACACUACAUAAUAAAUACUUAAUUACACAUGGAAACAGCGGUUUACAGCAUAAAAAAUUACAGAUGCAACAAUAUUGUUAUAAAAAGUCCUUAAAAGAGGCCUACACACUGACUUUUUUUUGACGACUUUUGCCCUUCUCUGUAAUCUAGGGCCUUCUUUGGCCCUAGAUUACAGCAUGUUGUGAAUUUACAAUGAUUAUUCUGUUUGUGGUCAGUAUGUUUAUCAGUCUAAUUCUGCUGGGUUUACACUGUGGGUGCAUAGCAAUUAAAUAGUUUUCCACCUCCAUCUCAUCCAUCUCUUUGGGUCUCGCCAUGCUGACGGGAAACACUGUUCACUCUUGCGCAGUCUCUCCGAGUGAGUAUCAUAUGAUCUGGCAUUACUAUGUAAACACAUUGCUCUACAAAUACACAACCCACACCACACCAAUGCCAUCGACCUUCUUCCUAAAAUAGAGAAAGCAACAGUGACUCAACACAAAACCAGAGUGGACCCCCUACUGCUUUCGUGUAGUGGUUUGUAUUGGCAUCGAUAAUAGACACAUUUAUCCGAUGACUGCAAAUGUCUUCGUUUUUCAAACCAUCUCAUGUGGGCUGAAUUAUUCAGAGACGGCAGAAUCCAUUGAAUAUCCAAUAACAAGAAUAGUGUUGAUAAUAAUUAAAAUAUUGAAAACAAUAAUAAUUACAUUACAAAGGUAGAAAGUGUAAGUGGAAAGUCUCGUGUACAAAAGGCUUUGGAGCAAAUGUCCCAUAUUUGCAAUACAAGAGGCUGCAGUUUCCGGACCGCAGUUUCAAUUUCAAUGGCCAUCGUCUUUCUAUUUAUUUAAAGGGAUGAUGUAAUACAUUUUCGUCUUUUCCCUUUGUUUCAGACUGUUAGAUGAUGUACAUAUACCUGUUGUACGUCAACCAAGCUAGAAAACCCGCUCCUCAAUAAGUGCGUGAAUCAGCUUGAACUUGCGUCAGACUGUGCAGUGGGCGGUGUUGAAGUGAAGAAGUCCUGCCUCCCAGCUACCCGAAAUGUUUACAACUUCUCGGGGAUGUGGAUUUGCUGACACAUGCACAAAGCAUUCGCCCAAUACUUAAAGCGACAUAAUACAAAUCAGACCGUUUUUGAAAGACGCUGAAAUUGGUUUUGCAAAAAUGAACAGUGUUCGAAUAAUACGAGGUAUUUAUUAUACAGACAUGUAACCCUAUUUUAGUAGUUCCCCCAAAUGCAAUUAUUACUGACAAACCGUCCACUUCUGCCACCUAGUGGGGGCCAGUCUCAUCCAUUCAUCUCCCACACACCUGCCCGCAAUCCUCAUCAGCUCCCAGUAUCAGCCCCGGACAAUCAUCACCAGAUCGUAAUAGACUGAACAGUUCAUAUAGCUUCUUGGCCCCAUCAGUUUAAUCCUACUUGUAAGAAUGAUCCUGUCCCACCAACCUAACCCGUGCUUCCUUGUUCCCCAGUUCCAUGCUCCUCAGUCAGGACUUAGCUUGACCUGUUCCGGAUUCCCCCCAUUCUCCAGCGCCCCGGAUUCUCAAUAAAUUCCUCUGUACCGUCAA